UUCAAACAAUACCAAUAACUUCUAUUCAGUAACAGCAGAAAGAAUUUUGAACUCAUAAAUAUGGAGAAUCAAAAAUCUCUCUAUUUGAGUGAAUACAAAAGUGAUGUUCGUAUUUUAGUCACAGUGAAAGGAGACGUCUGGAGAAUUCCUGCUCAUAGUCUUAUCCUUUCUCAAGCUGGAGAUACUCUGUGUAGAAUGGUAGAAGCUACAGCUUUGAACGAAAAUGGAUACAAAGAACUGGUUAUAGAGGAUAUCAAACCAUCAACUGUUCUAACUCUGUUAUGUUAUAUCUAUACUGGAAAUCUCUCAUUAAAUGAAUUAGAAGACACACUGGAAUUACUAUAUGCAGCACAGAAAUAUCAACUUUAUAAAUUAAUGUCUAUUUGCGAAUGUUCUCUUUCAGGCCUUAUAAAUAUUCAAAAUGCCUGUGAUGUCAUUACCUCCGCCCGAAAUUUUCGUUUAAGAUCUAUUGAAGAAAAAUGUCUAGAAUUAAUUAAGAAAUUUACAUUUUUGAUUCUGAAUUCCAGCUCUUUUCUCAAGUUAAAUCGUGAUGUUUUAGCUCUCAUUCUCAGCUUGGAUGAUUUAAACGUUGUAAAUGAAGAAGCAGUCUUCAGAGCUCUCUGGAAAUGGGGUAAGAAAGAAUGUUGCCGACUAGGAAAAAUAAUCGAUGAAGAACAGAUCGGCGAAGUACUGGGCGAUCUUCUAAAUCAUAUCCGAGUUCAGCAUAUUAAAGAUAUCGCUUCUCUUCCAUUAUGUCUUCGUUUGCGAUACAAACCGCGUGUCCAAGUUACGUCUAAAAAACAUGAUAAGAAACAUGAAGAACCACAAGAAGUUUGCAAAGAAAGAAUUCUUUAUUCCACCGAUGCUUUCAAUUAUUCUUCUAAAUUAUGUCUAGUAGAACCUCGAUGUUGGGAAAAAAUUUGUGAAAUGUCGGAGAAUACCCUGUUAUGCGCCUUGAUAAGUACUACUCGUGCUGUCUAUCUAACUGGAUUUUCUUUUGACCUCGUGGAAAGAAAUUCACUAAGCAGUUGCUUUUUUCUAUCAGUCACAGAAGAACUAAACGGAGCAGAAUUGGUCAAACAAGAAUGCCAAUGGGUAGAUAAUUAUGAUCGGAGAAAUAGCGCUUUAGUAGAACAAUGGCACCUGUCACAGACCAGCCUUUCUUCGCCCUUACUGAUGUCACCCGGAAAACUUUAUGCUUUGCGUCUUCAUGCUGUGAUAACUAGAGGAGAUGCUUUUCCCUGUCAGACCCUGAAGCAAAAUCGAAUCCAUCAAAAAGAUGGUAUUGGAUUCGUAUUGCACGGAUCUCAGUUGGCCGCUGUACGAAAUUUACAUUUUAUUCCUCUAGAGAUAGACAAUAUUUGGGAUAACUGAACCACAUUUUAAUUUAAUAUUAUUUUUUAAAAUUACAAUCUUUAUAGCCGUAUUAUGAUUUCAAAUUUUAUAUUAACAUAAAUCAAUUAAUGUUGAU